UAAAAUUUUGUAUUGCCAACCAGCGAGUAUUUGCUUGAACAAUCUAGUGACUCGCGAGUAGCCAUGGGAUCCACACGCAUCGCUUUUACCUGCUGCUACUUGCUGUUUGUUGCAGCGAUUUCUGCUGAAACUUGUGAUAAGUCAAAAUGUCCAGGUCCUCUUGCAUAUUACCAAGUUUUAAAUUGUGCUCCUGUUUAUCGUUUGCCAGAAGAUUGUUGUCCGUACAAAUUCAAUUGCGAUCAUUUGUACAGUAGGUCUCGAGAAAAGUGUUAUGUUAAUAAGGGCCAGGAAUAUGAAAUUGGAGAAAAAUUGAGAGAGGAAGAUAGUAAUCCUUGCGAUAUUGGAUGUGUCUGUCGUAGUGGUAUAGAUAAUAUUGCGGUAUUUAAUUGCGCUAUAGUAGAUUGUUUUCAUGGACCUGUAAAACCCGGCUGUUAUCUGCGUAAUAGUCCAUCUCAAUGUUGUCCCGGUGAAGAAGUUUGUCCUGAAAACCCAGAAGAUAGAGCUAUUUGUGAAGUUAAUGGUAAAGAGUACAGAGACGGGGAAUAUUUUGAGGAUCUAUCAGAGCCAGACAACAGUUGUAUUUGUCAACCAGGAUAUGCUGGAAAAAACGAGCCGCCUUUUUGUAUAAAACCAUCAAGACCUUACUGUAGUCCAGAAAUGCGUCAUGCCUCAGAUAUUUAUAAUCGUUGCGCUCCAGUUUAUUAUAGCUCUCAAUCACCGCAAACUUCUUGCAGCGUUUUUUCUAGAUGCCAAAAUUCAAAAGAUGAAAUUAUUAAAAAUGAAACUAGCACAUCCGAUCCAGAUAUGACUUGUAUAUUCGGUAACUUUACAAUGAAUGCCGGAGAUGAGCUCAAUCAAGCAACUGAUUACAACUCUGUGUGCGUCAAAUGUGUUUGUGAAGUCGGUCCAGUUCCAACUUGCCAACGAUUACCUGACGAACAAUGUGAUAUUACGAAGCAUCCACCUUUUGAAGUUUAAUACAAUAUGAUUAUUUAUUUCUUCUUUAAA